AUGGGACAGACACGCAAUAAACACGAAAGUCUUAAUAGACAUCGAUACUUGAAUUCUUUAUUUCCUGGUGAAAACUCCACUGCCGUCUAUGGAAUAAAUCAGUUUUCUUAUUUGUUCCCUGAAGAGUUUAAAGCUAUUUAUUUACGAAGCAGACCUUCCAGUUUUCCCCGGUUUCUGGCGGACGUGCACACAUCCAUCUCCAACCUGUCUUUGCCGUUAAGAUUUGACUGGAGGGACAAGCACGCCGUCACCCCAGUGAGGAACCAGCAGACAUGCGGCGGAUGCUGGGCCUUCACCGUGGUAGGAGCAGUGGAGUCCGCGUGCGCCAUAAAAGGGCAGCCUUUGGAGGCACUGAGUGUCCAGCAGGUCAUAGACUGUUCAUACAACAACUACGGCUGCAACGGAGGGUCCCCGCUCAACGCUUUGAACUGGCUCAAUAAGAUGCAAGUGAAGCUGGUGAGAGAUUCAGAAUACCCGUUUAAAGCCCAGAAUGGUCUGUGCCGCUACUUUUCUGACUCACAUUCUGGAUUUUCAAUCAAAGGUUAUUCUGCCUAUGACUUCCGUGACCGAGAAGACGAAAUGGCAAAAGCACUGUUUACCCUGGGCCCUCUGAUAGUGGUAGUAGAUGCCGUGAGCUGGCAAGAUUAUCUGGGAGGCAUCAUACAGCAUCAUUGCUCUAGUGGAGAAGCAAAUCACGCCGUUCUGGUAACCGGCUUCGAUAAAACAGGAAGUACCCCAUACUGGAUCGUGAGGAACUCCUGGGGAACUUCCUGGGGCAUAGACGGCUGUGUCCACAUAAAAAUGGGAGGAAACGUUUGUGGUAUUGCAGAAUCUGUUUCUGCUGUAUUCGUGUGA